UAUCGUAUCCCGGUGAAACCGAUGUACACGCGUUCAAUCACAGUACGAACCGCGACCGUGUACCGUACGUGUACGCAGCAGAGGUUCCACGCGUGUCGAGUGUCUACCCAGUCCGGGAACCAGUGAAAGUGCGCGUCGAACGGUCUUUCUUCAAUCAAUCGCAACACAACAACAAAAAACAUCGCUCACCGCCCCGGGUGGGUGGGUUUUGCGCUAGGUCCAGUGCAAGCUAGCAGGCGAGAGGUCCACCAAACCUCGGUCCAACAGCAUCCGGUUGCUAUAUCUGUGUGUGUGUGUGUAACUGUGUGUUUAAGAGAUUGUGUUUUUCCGCGGUUUCCGGUUUUUUCUUGCAAUUGUUACCCUCCCCGUUCCCCAUCCCAUCCUUCCCCGUCGUGUGCCGUACGGUCGUGCGUGACAAUUGUGUGCACGGCAUCAUGGCGGCCACGGCCGAGAAGGAGCCACCGGCGACGACGGUACCGGAGGCGGCAACGGUGGCGGGAGGUGUGACGGCCGCCCCGUCCCGUGGUGCUGGCGACUCGAAACGCAACAACCAAACGGCAAACAAUCAACCGGACGAAAUACACUACGUCAACCCGUUCGUGCACAAGCUCGUGUGGGACGAUCCGGUCGACAAGGCGAAGACCGCCCUGUUGACGGUGAUACUGCUGCCAUUCCGUGUAGUGCUGAUACUGGUAUGUCUGGUCGUGGCAUGGGCCCUCGCCAAUAUAGGGCUUUACGGGCUGUCCAAAGAAGAUCUGCGUAACAAACCGUUGGCUGGAUGGAGGCGCCAGCUGCGUCAGCUUACCGCGCUCGUGAUGCGCACCCUAUUCCUGUUCGGCUCGUUCAACUACAUCCGGUACAAGGGGGUGCGGGCCUCGCCAAAGGAAGCGCCCGUUAUCUGUGUGGCGCCCCAUACCGCAUUCUACGAUUCCGUUUGCGUCGUCCUGUUUGGACCGUCGGCCGUCGUCGCCAAGUACGAGACGGCUUCGCUACCAUUCUUUGGAAAACUGAUCGACUACGCGCAACCGAUCUACGUGUGCCGGGAGGAUCCACACUCGCGCCAGACCACCAUCCGGGAGAUUAUACAGCGCGCCAACUCGAAGGAGGACUGGCCACAGAUACUGAUCUUUCCCGAAGGUACCUGCACGAAUCGCACGUCGCUGAUCAAGUUUAAGCCGGGUGCGUUCUAUCCGGGCGUACCGAUCCAGCCGGUUCUGAUGCGCUACCCGAACAAGGUCGACACCGUCACCUGGACCUGGGAGGGUCCGAAUGCCAUCCAGCUACUAUGGCGCACACUGACACAAUUCCACACGUUCUGCGAAAUCGAGUUCCUGCCGGUGUACUACCCGAACGAGGCGGAGAAAGCAAAUCCGAAGCUGUACGCAGACAACGUCCGCAUGCUGAUGGCGAAAGCGCUUGAGAUCCCAAUUUCGGACUACACCUUUGACGACUGCAAGCUGAUGACGUUUGUCAAGAAUGUCGGUAUGCCCCAUCCGGCCGCGAUUGCCGAUAUCGAGAAGCUACGGAAAACGCUAAGAAUUGACGUUGCCGAUCGGGAACGCAAGAUUGUGACGAGCCAGCGUGAGUUUACCGAUGCGAACAGUUUGCUCACGUACGCACAGUUCACCGCACAGAUGCAGAUCGAUCCGGCACAGGAAGCGGCACAAAAUCUAUUUCAUAAAUUGUACAGGCCCGAAUCACCCGACGUUAUCGACUUCAGAGAGUAUCUUUUACUCGCCUUAUUUCUGGUCACACUGUACAAGCCGAAGUUAAACUUUGUUGAAUCGCUUUUCCACCUGUACGGUGUCGGUGGACGGGUGGAUCGUAAUCAGCUACACGACACCCUGAAGCAUCUCGUGCGCAUUACGCGCAAAGAGGUGAACAGUAUCUUCCUGCAGGCGGAUCACGACAAUCUUGGCACCAUUGACUUCAAUCAAUUUCAACAAGCAAUCGACCAUAGCCCGCUACUGGCGAAGCUGCAGAAAAAUAACGAUCCCAACAACUUAAGACUGGGCUGAUUCAAUCGUCAUCAUUUACACCCACCCUACUGUUCUGCGGGUGUGUGUCCCCCUUCGACGUGACUCGGUCGGUUUCUUCGGGACGGGGGUGGGCGAACAUUUCCUAGACGCGGUCGCGAUACAGUAAUGGAGAAUCGCGGAAUCUCAAACACACCUAGGGGUAGACAAACGCUUUCGGUAAAUGUGCAGUGCAUUUCGUAUGCGUUGCGUGUGCGGAGUGCACCAACCAACGUAGCUUAAGAAGGAUUCAUUGUUUCCGAGCGAGUAGAGGUACACACUGCCGGCUGACACUCGGCGCCUGGCACAACUGUAAUUAACCGUGUGUUCAUCGUUGUGUUACGCGAACCAGUACUGACCGAAGCGGAGCAGUACUUUAAUUUUAGCCCCCAACUAUUGUUUUUGGACGCAGCGUUCGUUACUCAAGAUUUGCGUUUAUAUCUUAAUCAUCAGCCUCCCCCUCCACCGACAAUGAGUAAAAGGAACGAUUUCAGGUUGCGUUUAGAGUUAGGUUUUCGGAAACUAUUUUGGAAUGCCAAAUUGUGACGCGCGGAUUAAAUGCGCGCGCGUAGUCUCUGGUGGUGUUUAGCUUCAAGUGUUUGUAAGCGAGCGGCAAAACAAAAAUACCCCCUAACACAACAACAAACACGCACAGGAACAGCAACAACAACAACAAAAAAGUCGUCAAGCGUCUAAUCUAAUCAAAGAACCAUAUACAUUAACAAAACAGAAGCAAAGGCAUGAUAAUUCUAGCAAAAUAUUACUUAUUAGAUGGAUAAUGUGUGGAUGUGUGUGAGCAUGUCUCUGUAUGUGUGGGUGUGUAUGAAAUUGGGGAGGGGGGGGGGAGAAAUAGCAGCAGCAGCAAAAAGCAAAUACACACACACACACGCGCAACCCCAUACUGGCAGGAUAGUAAAUGUGAUAACGACAGAAUACAGCACACAACUCUAACUAACAAACAGAAAGAUGGUAAAUGUCCACUAGCAAAUCAAAUUUGCAAAGCAAUCUGUGUGUACUCAAGCAAAACAAAACAAAAAUCUGCACGCACACCACCACCUCCACCUGUUUCAGCCUACAAAAUGAAGAAGUCGCACAAAUUUGCGUAUAAUGCACCAAGAAAAAAAAGAGGGAGAGAGAGAGAGAGAGAGAAAGAUAUUUUGAGUAUUUAUUUAUUUAGUAAGUGUCUAAUUGUGUUUUCUUGCUGUGCAAAAACCCCUAGCCGGUCACGUGGCGCACAUAAUUGUUAGGAGCUAGUUAACUACAGCGGAAUAGGGAGAAGAAAAACUGGAAUACAUACAGAAACACACACACACACGCCUACAAUCCCCUGGAAUAGGGGGACGAAAGAAAAAAAGCAAAAGCCCACAGUACAGACGCAACAACUAUAGUGAGAUUUGCAAAGAUUUUGUGCAAAGACAGUGCAAAGACCCAGCAAAUUGAUAGCUUGUUUGGUUUCGGGCUCGCUAUACAACAAAAAA